GAACAAAGUAAGAAACAGCAUAUUCCCACGAGAAUAUGCGAAUCGAUUCGCAGCUCAAGUCACUCAACAAACGAACCCAACACGAUAUGAUCAAACUUACUCACAUUCCUCAUCAUCCCCAGCUAGAAUUUUCAACCUCCAUCUUCAAUGCCAUGCCGAACUGCAUACCAUGGGUCACUCUGAUCAUUUUCUUGACUGUAACAGAAAUGGCGGUGGCACUGACUCAGUCUCCCAUUCCCACCACUCUAGAAGGCCCGUUCGUGCCUGCAACUCGGCGCUUCGAUCCAUCGCUUCGCAGAGGCAGUGAUGACUUGCCAAUGGACCAUCCCAGGCUCAAGAAGAACGUGACAUCAAAUUUCCCAGAACAGAUUGCCCUUGCUAUUUCUUCACCCACUGCAAUGUGGGUUUCUUGGGUUACUGGGGAUGCCCAGAUUGGUAAAACUGUGAGACCACUUGAUCCUUCAACAGUUGGGAGUGAGGUGAGGUAUGGGGAAGAAAGUGGCAAGUAUACGAGUGUGAAGAAAGGGGUUUCAGUUGUUUAUAGUCAAUUGUACCCUUUUGCUGGCCUCUUGAAUUAUACCUCUGCCAUCAUUCAUCAUGUCAGGAUUGAUGGUCUUAAACCGGGUACGAAAUAUUAUUACAAGUGUGGGGAUAGUUCUAUCCCUGCUAUGAGUCAAGAGCACGCCCUUGAAACUUUACCAGAGCCCGGCGACAACACAUAUCCUCGUCGAAUAGCUGUCGUUGGAGAUUUGGGUCUCACUAGCAAUACCAGUACAACCAUUGAUCAUUUAAUCCAGAAUGAUCCUUCAAUGAUUUUAAUGGUUGGGGACUUAUGUUAUGCAAACCAGUACCGUACGACUGGUGGGAAAGGAGCUUCAUGCUUUUCAUGUGCAUUCCCAGAUGCACCUAUCAGAGAAACAUAUCAACCCCGCUGGGAUGGGUGGGGAAGGUUCAUGGAGCCUUUAACCUCGAGAGUUCCUAUGAUGGUUAUUGAGGGCAACCAUGAGAUUGAGCCCCAAGUUUCUGGAAUCACUUUCGAAUCCUAUUUGACAAGAUUUGCAGUGCCAUCAGAGGAAGCCGGCUCUAAAAGUAACUUCUACUAUUCUUUUGAUGCUGGAGGAGUACAUUUUAUCAUGUUGGGAGCAUAUAUUGACUACAAUGCUACUGGUGCUCAAUAUGCUUGGCUUAAAGAUGAUCUACAUCGAGUAGACCGUACAGUGACUCCCUGGCUCGUAGCAGCAUGGCACCCUCCUUGGUAUAACAGCUAUUCUUCUCACUAUCAGGAAUUUGAAUGCAUGAGACAAGAAAUGGAAGCACUUCUUUAUCAAUAUGGUGUUGAUAUUGUUUUUUCUGGUCAUGUGCAUGCCUACGAACGGAUGAAUAGAGUAUAUAACUAUACGUUGGAUCCGUGCGGGCCUCUUUACAUAACAGUUGGAGAUGGUGGAAAUAUUGAAGAAGUUGAUGUUGAUUUCGCUGAUGACCCUGGAAAGUGUCCUUCAGCUGGAGACAACACACCGGAGUUUGGAGGGGUAUGCCAUUUGAACUUUUCUUCAGGGCCUGCUAAAGGCAAUUUUUGUUGGAGCAAACAGCCGGAGUGGAGUGCUUUUAGAGAAAGCAGCUUUGGGCAUGGAAUUCUUGAGGUUGUGAAUUCUACUUAUGCUCUAUGGACUUGGCAUCGGAAUCAAGAUACGUAUAAGGAAGAUAGCCACGGUGAUCAAGUAUACAUUGUGCGACAACCUGAACUGUGCUCACGGUCUGCAAAGCCCUUGGUUUCCCCCUCUGUGCCCUCCCUCUCUGCUGCAUUGCACUCUGUGGUGCUCUCUCUAUACUUGCCACUCUUUGGAAUGUUUUCUCUCCUCUCCUCUUCCUAGUAGUCUCUUUCGUGCUCCGGCUGUGCAUGCGUUUUUUUGUUUCUCUUAAAUUCUUCGGUAAGCUCAAUCUUUGAAACUUACAAUUCUACAGUCACAUCACUUGACUAGGCUUAAAUUCUUGUAUCUAAAUUCCUUGUCAGUAACUACAGGAAAAACUUGACCUUUGAAUAUGUAAAUAUGUGUAUCCAUUUUCUUGUUAUUAAAAUCUAGAUUACAGAAAUUUCGAUCUUAGCCUCUUCAACCUUGUUGGAUAAUCGAUUUUGUUCGAGAAUUUAAGAGCCAGAUUGUUUCGAGGAUUGGCACGUCCUCUCCAUGCUUUAAA